AUGGCUCCCCCACAUGCCAAGGGAGCCUCGCGCUCAGUCAGGUUCUCCAACACGCGCGAAUACGCGUCCCUCCCCGACCAGUCGACUUCCGGAACCCGCAAAUCACGCGAAAUCGACACCUCAAGCGAAGACGAACUGUCCGAUAAUGAAGCAGAUGUGAAACUUUUACCUCUCAAAAAGCACGAUUCCCAAUCAAGCUCCCAGUCGAACGACCGAAAAUCCUCCCCGAUCAACGUACCAGAGAACGAACGCGAUACGUCGAAGCUCAUUGAGGAGCUUCUUGCUUCGGAUCGCAAUUUCCUGCCCGAUGCAUUCGAUACAGAUUUAGAGGAUGGAGACUCGAGUAGAUCUUCACUUGCUCUCAGCGACGACUAUGGUCUGCCAUCGGACAAGGGCUCGCUGCUGAAACGUCGCGAUGACGGUGAUGGCAAGCGCUUUGACUGGAGGACAUUAUUCCGUCUACAUUCAUGGUGGAAUGUCCUUGGACUGUUCACAGUUGCCAUAGUGGUUGUCUGGCUUGCGAUCAGAGGUCUGCCCUGGUCCUCUGCUCCGGCCGCUCCAAGCGGUUUUGACACGAUACCAUGGUACCCGACACCUCUUGGCGGAACUAGCAGUCAAUGGAAAGAAAGCUAUGCGAAAGCCCAAGAGAUGGUCCGGGUCAUGUCUAUCGUUGAGAAAGUGAACGUUACAACCGGCACAGGCUGGCAGAUGGGAAUGUGUGUUGGAAAUACCGGACCUGCCGAACGAGUCAAAUUUCCUUCUCUAUGUCUGCAGGAUGGUCCACUCGGGCUCAGAUACGCACACAAUAUCACGGCAUUCCCGGCCGGAAUCACUACAGGCGCCACAUGGAAUCGAGAGCUGAUGCAACAGCGCGGCUUCGCCAUAGGCAAUGAAGCGCGUCUGAAAGGUGUGAACGUUGUUUUGGGCCCGUCGAUGGGCCCGAUUGGUCUCAUGCCCGCUGGCGGCCGUGGCUGGGAGGCAUUUGGAUCAGACCCAGUAUUGCAAGGCGUGGCUGCGGCCGAAACCAUUCGAGGAAUCCAGCGGAACGGGGUCAUGGCCACGGCAAAACACUUUAUUGGGAAUGAGCAAGAGCACUUCCGGCAGUCCUUCGAAUGGGGACUACCGGAUGCCAUGUCGUCGAAUUUGGAUGAUCGUGUGUUACACGAGGUUUUCGCUUGGCCGUUCGCCGAAAGUGUGAGGGCCGACGUGGCAAGCGUCAUGUGCUCUUACCAGAUGGUCAACAAUACAUAUGCUUGCGAAAACAGCAAAUUAAUCAACGGCAUUCUCAAAGACGAACUUGGCUUCCAAGGCAUGCCUGGUGAUGGUCUUCACUGGGCUGAUGGCAAACCCCUCUGGGGAGGUGAGCUCACUCGCGCCGCGUUGAACACUUCUGUGCCCAUGGAACGCUUGAACGACAUGGUCACUCGAAUUGUGGCCGCCUGGUAUCACUUCCGACAGGAUUCGUGGGAAAAGCCUGCACCGGAAGGAGACGGCGGUCCAAAUUUCUCGUCUUGGACUCAAGAUCAAGUCGGUCGCCUGCACGAGGGCUCUCCUGACAAUGACGCCACUGGUGUGGUCAACAAAUUUGUCAAUGCCCAAGGCACAGGCGCAGACGCGCACUCUGUUGUCUCCCGUCAGGUCGCUGUGGAGGGUACCAUUCUUCUUAAGAACUUUAAUAACACCCUCCCUCUUGCGCGCGAGCACCCCACGUCGGGUGCGAAAUACAAGGUAGGUGUUUAUGGCGAGGACGCGGGUCCCGGUGAGGGGCCAAACUCUUGCGCCGAUCGAGGGUGCAACCAAGGCACUUUGGCUUCUGGUUGGGGCAGUGGUGCUGUGGAUUUCCCCUACCUGGUGAGCCCGUGGCAAGCACUUCAGCAAGCGUGGUCCAAGGAAACAGUUGAUGUUCGUGAAUAUUUGACGAACAAAGUUCAGCCUGAAGACUUGAUGCAGCAGGAUCUUUGUUUGGUCUUUGCGAAUGCAGACGCUGGAGAAGGCUUCAUCCGCAGUGAUGGAGUCGAUGCAGACCGAAAUGACUUGUUCUUGCAGAAGAAUGGCACUGAAUUGGUAGAGGGAGUGGCCAAAUACUGCGGCGGUGGCCAAGGCAAAACGGUCGUCGUUGUGCACUCCGUUGGCCCUGUUGUAAUGGAGUCUUGGAUUGACCUUCCUGGAGUGCAUGCUGUUCUGUACGUCAAUCUUCCUGGACAGGAAAGUGGCAAUGCCCUAGUGGAUGUCCUAUUCGGUGAAGUCGACGCUAGUGGUCGUCUACCAUACACCAUCGGCAAAAGCCUGGAGGAUUACGGUCCUGGGGCCCAGGUGGUAUAUGAACACACAGACCCAUCGGUGCCCCAAGUCGACCUGAACCAGGGCCUGUACAUCGAUUAUCGCUAUUUCGACAAGUUCAACAUUACCCCUCGCUAUGAAUUUGGCUUCGGUCUGUCUUACACGACGUUCGACUAUUCAACUCUUGGGAUCGAAAAGUUGCAGAAAAAGACCCAGCACCCCUCGCCUCGCCCUGAAAAUGAGGUUGAUGCUCCGGAGUAUGACAAGCGACCGCCCAACCCCUUCACCGGCUUGUUUCCCUCUGGCUUCCGCGCUCUUCGCAAAUACAUCUAUGGUUACUGUGACUCCUUGGUGGGUACUGACCCCGGACCAUACCAAUACCCUGACGGGUAUAACACUCCUCAAACGCCAUCCGCUGCAGGCGGCGGACCAGGCGGCAAUCCCUCGCUCUAUGAAGCCAUGCUUGAGCUUUCUGUCGAAGUCACGAAUACCGGCACUCGAAUCGGACAGGACGUGGUCCAAGUGUAUGUGUCAUUCCCUGAGGAUGUCGCCGAACAUCGCGGUCUAGGCUGGUCUCGGGAGACAAUCGAGUUUCCUGAGCGCGUGUUGCGCAAUUUCGAAAAGAUCACCUUGAAGCCGCGCGAGAGCAAGACAGUCAAGAUGACUUUGACGAGAAAGGAUCUUAGCUACUGGAGCGUUCGUGCGCAGAACUGGAUUCUGCCUACUGAGGGCCAGUUCAAAAUCUGGGCUGGGCGGAGCUCUAGAGAUUUGCCGCUGAUGGUAGAGUUUUGA